CGAAGGGGACUGUUUGCUCCUACGGGCUGUAGAUGGAGCUGUCCGGCCCCGGCGAGGGGGAAGGCGCUUGGAAAACGUUCUUCUUCUCCCUGGCCGGCCCGAGCGGGGAACAGCGCUCCCAGGAUGCAGUUUGUGUCAACACGGCCGCAGCCUCAGCAGCUGGGCAUCCAGGGCCUGGGGCUGGACGGCGGGAGCUGGAGCUGGGCGCAGGCUCUGCCCCCGGAGGAGGUCUGCCACCAGGAGCCGGCGCUGCGCGGGGAAAUGGCCGAGGGAAUGCCGCCCAUGCAGGCUCAGGAAUGGGACAUGGACGCCCGACGACCAAUGCCUUUUCAGUUCCCACCCUUCCCAGAUAGGGCACCCGUCUUCCCCGACCGCAUGAUGAGAGAGCCCCAGCUGCCCACGGCAGAGAUCUCUCUCUGGACCGUGGUGGCCGCCAUCCAGGCCGUGGAGAGGAAGGUGGAUGCCCAGGCCAGCCAGCUGCUAAACCUGGAGGGCCGGACGGGGACGGCCGAGAAGAAGCUGGCCGACUGCGAGAAGACGGCCGUGGAGUUCGGGAACCACAUGGAGGGCAAGUGGGCCGUGCUGGGGACCCUGCUGCAGGAGUACGGGCUGCUGCAGAGGCGGCUGGAGAACAUGGAGAACCUUCUGAGGAACAGGAACUUCUGGGUCCUGCGGCUGCCCCCGGGCAGCAAGGGCGAGGUCCCCAAGGUUCCGGUGACUUUUGUAGACAUUGCCGUUUACUUCUCUGAGGACGAGUGGAAGAACCUGGAUGAAUGGCAGAAGGAGCUUUACAACAACCUGGUUAAGGAGAACUACAAGACCCUGAUGUCCCUGGACUCGGAAGGUCCAGUGUCCAAGCCAGAUGCUCCACCCCAGGCCGAGCCCCGGGAAGAGCCUUGCGUGUGGGAGCAGCGUGACCCAGAAGAGAGAGAGAUCCUGAUGGAUCCAGACACAGGAGCAGAGCCCCUGGUGCCUACACAGGACACACCCUCUCAGGUGAAGCGGGAGGAGGCCCUGUGUGCCCGGGGUCAGCGGGGCCUGGAGGAAAGAGCCAUCCCCACGGAGUCCAUUACCGACUCACCAGCCUCUGCCCAUGACCUCCUGUCCCGGAUCAAACAGGAAGACCCCCCGUGCGUGUGGGAUCAGCACGAGUUGGCGGAGAGGGACAUCCCAGCGGACCCCAACUCAGAGUCUCUGAUCUCCGCACACGACAUCUUGUCAUGGAUAAAGCAGGAGGAGCAGCCGUACCCGUGGGGCCCUCGCGACUCCAUGGAAGGAGAGCUCGGAUUAGAUUCUGGCCCCGGUGACAGCCUGCUGAUGGUGAAGAACCCGCCCCCGGCCCCGCCGCAGCCCCCGCCCGCCCCGCAGAGCCUGCCCCCGCUGCCGGCGCCCCCCGAGGACGCGGGCGGCCCCCCGAGCCGCGGCGGGGGCGCGCUGCUGGACGACGGCUUCCCCGCGCUGCCCGGGGAGCGGGGCGCGGGCGGGGCGCAGGCCGGCGGCCAGGCGGGCGGCGGCGGGGCGGCGGGGGGCGCGGGCGGGGGCCCGGGCGGGGGCGGCGGGGGCUGCGGCAGCUGCUGCGCGGGCGGCCUCCGCCGGAGCCUCCUGCUGCACGGCGCGCGCAGCAAGCCCUACGCGUGCCCGGAGUGCGGCAAGAGCUUCGGCGUGCGCAAGAGCCUCAUCAUCCACCACCGCAGCCACACCAAGGAGCGGCCGUACGAGUGCGCCGAGUGCGAGAAGAGCUUCAACUGCCACUCGGGCCUCAUCCGCCACCAGAUGACGCACCGCGGCGAGCGGCCCUACAAGUGCUCCGAGUGCGAGAAGACCUACAGCCGCAAGGAGCAUCUGCAGAACCACCAGCGGCUGCACACGGGCGAGCGGCCCUUCCAGUGCGCGCUGUGCGGCAAGAGCUUCAUCCGCAAGCAGAACCUGCUCAAGCACCAGCGCAUCCACACCGGCGAGCGGCCCUACACGUGCGGCGAGUGCGGCAAGAGCUUCCGCUACAAGGAGUCGCUCAAGGACCACCUGCGCGUGCACAGCGGCGGCGGACCGGGCCUCGGCGCCCAGCGGCCCCUCCAGGCGCCGCCAGAGCGAGACUAGGGCUGGGCCGGGGGAGGGGAGGGCCCGGCGGCGGGAGCAGGGGGCGGGGGCGAGCCUGGGGGCGUCCUGAGGCCCCACGACCCGAUCCUGCCCUUGGUUCUCGGGGCGCCUUCCCUCCCUCUACCCGCCACCUGCUGGAAAUC